AUGAACAGUGCGAUAAUAAUUGCCUGUGUCGCCAUUUUGGUGGCCAGCACCAGUGCCGCCAGUGUGCAGCCCGCUGUGAAGACAAUCAACAAUCAGCUCUACAGGCGUUAUGUGUGCGCUCACAAGCCUGACGGAUUCCGCGCCCUCGUCCCGGGAAGUUGCUCCCAGUACUACGAGUGUCAGUCCGGAGUGGCCCUUGUGAACACUUGCUCCCGCUUCUUCGACUCCAAGGUCCAGGGAUGUGUUAACUACAACACAGGCUGCAUUGAGGUUCAGCCUUCAUCCUCGGCUAUUGCAGUUGCCGGAGAAUCUGCGGCUCCAUGUGCUGGAGAAACGACUACUACUUGCGCUCCCGGAGCAGCGACGACUACGACAACCUGUGCUCCUGGUGUUGUAGAGACAACGACAACGUGCGGUCCUACACCAGCUGAGACUACCACAACCUGCUCUCCAGCACCUGUUGAGACUACAACAACCUGCUCUCCAGCACCUGUUGAGACUACAACAACCUGCUCUCCAGCACCAGUAGAGACUACAACAACCUGCUCUCCAGCACCAGUUGAGACUACAACAACCUGCUCUCCAGCACCUGUUGAGACUACAACAACCUGCUCUCCAGCACCACUAGAGACUACAACAACAUGCACAACGACCACCGCCACUACUACCACCUGCACAACGACAACCGCCACAACUACAACCGCCACUACUACCACCUGCACAACGACAACCGCCACAACUACAACCGCCACAACUACAACCGCCACAACUACAACCUGCACAACGACAACCGCGACAACUACAACCGCAACUACUACCACCUGCACAACGACAACCGCCACAACGACCACCGCCACUACUACCACCUCUUGUGCUCCUGCACCAGUAGAGACUACAACAACCUGCUCUCCAGCAGUAGUUGUGACUACUACAACCUGCUCUCCAGCAGUAGUGACUACAACAACAUGCUCUCCAGCCGAAGUUGUGACUACUACAACAUGCUCUCCAGCCGUAAUUGUAACUACUACAACAUGCUCCCCAGCCGUAGUUGUAACUACUACAACAUGCUCUCCAGCCGAAGUUGUGACUACUACAACAUGCUCUCCAGCAGUAGUUGAGACUACAACAACCUGUGGUCCCGUUCAGACAACGACAACUUGUGUUCCGGCUGAGACUACAACAACCUGUGGCCCGGUCGAGACUACGACACCCUGUGAAGUAACCACUCCCUGCAGCGGAAACUCUGCCGCUAAGGCUCAGGUCUCAUCCAUGAAGGUGCGUCCAGCUAGACCCAUCCGACCUGCCCGACCCCUAGUGGAGGCCGCUCAGCGUUGCCCUCAGGCUCAGGAGAUGAGCAUCGCCACCUACACAAAGUAUGUGUGCCGUAAUAAGCCCGACGGCUUCAUGUUGGCUUCGCUGAAGAGCUGCUCCGACUACUAUGUUUGCCGCUACGGAAAACCACUGCAGGUAAGCUGCGGCGACAAGUAUUUCAACGCGCUUAAGGGAAUCUGCGAUCUGCCUGAGAACACACGAUGCGUGCAGCCCCAGGCCUAA